AUGAUGCUUACUGAUAUAUUGGAAAGAAAGAUAAGAGACUCAGUAUAUAUAAUUGCUGAAAUUGGACAGAAUCAUCAAGGAUGCCUCGCGGUCGCUAAAAGUAUGAUUUUAAGGGCAAAAUCUAUUGGCUGUCAUUGCGUGAAGUUUCAAAAAUCAGAUCUGAAGGCCAAGUUUACGCACUCAGCUCUACAGCGCCAAUACGUAAGCGAGCACUCUUGGGGCAGUACUUAUGGGCAGCAUAAAGAAUAUUUGGAGUUUUCCAAGGAGCAAUAUCGAGAGUUACAAUCCUUUUCCCAUGACAUUGGAAUCGAUUUUACUGCAUCCGCAAUGGAUGAGCGCUCUUUGGCAUUUCUGGAAGAAUUGAAGGUUCCUUUUAUCAAAAUUGGUUCCGGUGAUGCUAACAAUUUUCCAUUAUUAAUUAAAGCUUCCCGACUCGAAACUCCUCUGAUUAUAUCCACGGGAAUGCAGAAUAUUUCAACAAUCGAUAAGAUUGUUGAGAUUAUGGGGCAAGCUGGUAAGGACAACUUUGCUCUGAUGCAUUGUGUUUCAGCAUAUCCUGUUCCGCCAGAGGCUUCCAAUGUGGGUUUAAUUCCAAUGUUUAUAAACCGAUACCCUAGAAUAGUUAUUGGAUAUUCUGGACACGAAUUAGGCAUUGACAUCACUCAGGCAGCUAUUUUAUCUGGUGCUAGAAUUGUUGAGAGACAUUUUACUUUGGACAAGGAUCAAAAGGGCUCCGACCACUGUUGUUCCCUGGACCCACAAGAGUUUAAAUCUUUGGUCGAUCGCAUAGAACGAUUAAAACAUAUCAAAGUUUUACAAAAGAACACAUACUGUGCCGCAGAAAUCUCAAAUAUUUUGGGAGACAAACUAGAACUGAAGGAAGCAUUGAAAGACAUAACAAAAAAAGAAAUUCAGGAAUGUGAAUUGCCUUGUCAACGUAAGCUUGGAAAAACUAUAGUAGCCAGUCGAAAUCUGAAAAAAGGACAUAAGCUUCUAAUGGAAGAUUUAGCGAUUAAGGUCAGCGAGCCAAGCGGAAUUCCAGCUGAAAUGUAUUUCCAUAUCAUUGGAAUGGAACUGAUUGAGGAACUCAAUGAGGAUGAUCCAGUGAUUGCAGCGGUGUUGUCCAGCGUUGAGUAAAUAGUUAAAUAAAUACACUUAUGAAUGCAUGUAUUUGUAUAAAUAUUUCCACAUUAAAAAUAUGUUUAUUUCUAA